AUGACGUUUGCUCUUGCAGAAAUCUCGCUUCUAAUUGGGCUGAGCAUCGAAUCGGGCCAUCUCACCAACUGGGCCACGCCCCGGCCUAGUUGCCUAGCAAACAAACCGGGCCUGUUCACGACUGGUGGAGUUUUGGGUCUGGUGACCGUUUUUCUCGCCUCAGGCCUCUACAUAACUGCUCUUCGAGUGGAAACGCGUUUUGAAGCGCGAGAAAGUAUGAGACGCGCGAUAUUGGAGGCAAGUGCCACGUAUGCAACCCCACCAGGAACGCCAGCUGGAGUCAACUCUUUGACUAGACAAGAAUAUCGGAAUAAUAAUUUGGAUGGGUUGCAAUAUUACUUGACGGUAUUUGACAAGCCCAAUUCGAAUAUAGUAUGA